AUGCAAAAUGAACUAGGCAGUGACAUAUCCUGGACACUGAGAAGUCGGCUGAAUUCGGCGUUUCAAAUCAUUUUAAAAUCCGGUAACCAACACCGAACAAUUAAUUCUUCUCAACCUUUCCAUCUCAACUUCCAUCUCAUGCUGGCUCUUAACCCAUUCCUUGACAAUGCGAGGACGAAAAUCAAAUUUUAUAGCGUGCGUACAUUGCCGCCAGAUGAAAGAUGUACGAGGUGCACCAAAGCAGGCAAAUUCUGUUCGGUGGAUCCGUCUUUUAAAAGGACUAAGAAAAGACAGUACUAUCGAUACUAUCAUCCCAUCUGUCCUAUUUUGCCGCCAUCGUCGUCAUUCAUUGCACACUCGGACGAAAGUCCUCUUCUCUUCUGGACAGUCAUACUCACUGCGAUAAGAGACAAGACCGAGUUAAGAGCCCUUUUUUCAACACUUGCAGAAGAGGUAUCCAGCAUGGCGUACGAUUGCAUUCAGCCAAAAAAUGCAAACUUGCACGCUGUUCAGGCUCUUCUACUACUUUGUUAUUGGAGCCUUCCAUUCGAAAAACUCCCUACUGACCCAUCUCUUUCGUUUGUCAACAUGGCAACACAAAUUUGUUAUCGUAUGGGUUUGCAUCGACCGGGAUUUGUAGUAGAAUUUGACCGGGUGACAGCCGUCCAUAACCAUCCAAACAUCCCCAGGCAGUUAGCUUGGGUGUUUUGCUUUGCCAGCAACGUUAGUGUUAAUGGCCAAUUUGGGCUUCCUCCCACCGCUCGUUUAGACCGUGGUCUACUAGACGCGUUUGCUACAAAACCGGCAUGGCUUCCAGACACCUUGUACUGCCAGUUACAGAUCUCCCACCAUUUGCUGAAAAUAAUUACAAUGCUUGGUAGUUAUGAAUUCUCAGCUACGGGUUUACUUCCUAACGCACAACAUGUCAUUCCAGCCUUUGAAACCGAACUCCGAGUCCUGGAAGCAAAUCUAUCUCCGUAUUGGACAAGAGUCGACUAUAUAAACUUUUGUACUUGCAAAUUGUUACUCUAUAUCAUUGCUAUCUCUUCCCUAGAUAGCAAUGGGAUUGAGUUGGAAGUGACAGGAAGUGAAAAAUCGUCUCUUUGGAUUCUGCAAGCAUACCUAUGUGUUAUUGCUACUAUCCAAGCUGCAUCAACUAUUGAAGAGCAACUGGUCAAGGUGCCUACACGGAUAUUUAAAUCCUUGGCCUCCUGCGUGUCCUUUUUGAUUCUAUUGAAGUGCUCCAAACAUCAUUACCUCGUCGAUGACGGUGUAUUAUCAACUGCUAUACGCCAGGGAUGGGGAUUGAUGCGCAGAUUUGAAAUUGUUCCUAACGAUUUCGUAUCUCGCACGUGUACUCUUAUAGAACGUAUGAGCAGUUACAGUGAAACAUUGAAGCCCGAGGAUAAGACUGAGGAAAUUCUCACUGCGAAAUCGAGAAUGGGAUUUAACGUGGCACGGAGUGCAUCAUUGCUGGUUCAGCGGAAGCUUUUGAACAAUGGUCAAGCAAAGACGACAACAACGGAUAAUGGCACUGAACAAACCAACUACUUUAACAUGGAUAUGGCCGAGCUGGAUUUCUUCUUGGACUUUGACUGGAACGAAUCGUUACUGAGUCUGCCGUUGUGA